AGUACUCGAAUGCUGGUAGACAUUUAGACCUUACAAGGGUGAUGUUUAAUAUUCUAUCUGCACUGCCUAUGGACUCAACAUUUUCUAACAAGCCAGUGCUAUGCUCGUGGAAAUUGAACUUGAGCUUGUGGAAGAAUUGAAAGAAGUUUUGAAAGGAGUGGAAAUUUUCCUGACUACUACAUUAAAACGUAUUUCUUUAAAGAAGGAUGUAAAUGAGAAGAAUUGUAUCGUUGCUUCAAUUAAAGAACUUUUGAAGAAACUCAAUCGUAUUUCAGCAGGUAAUAUUGAUGUUGAUGCAGACAGUAUCGAAUUGCCUGAUGAAGAAGAAGGCAUCGACGAGGUAGGUCCUAUACCUGCGCUACAACUAAAAAAUUCGACGAAGGUUGGCCUCCUGAAGAAGCAGCAACACGGAUUUGGACUACAAAAGAACACUCGAUUUUGUGUGAUAAAAGCUAACGUGAUGUAUUAUUAUAAGAAGAUGGGAGACAAGAAGCAGGCGGGGGCCAUUGUACUGGACGGAUAUGACGUCAGGCCAGCUACGCAGGACGACAAAAAGAAAGAGUUUGCUUUUGAAUUGAUCCAUCCAACAAAGCGAUAUUACCAGUUCUUUACCGAAGAUGAGCCAGCAUUGGUGGCGUGGAUUACGGCAGUACGAAUAGCGACCAACAAACCAACUGAUAGUGAUGAGGACGAAGAGAUAAACAAAGAAAAGGAGGAAGAAAGAACAAUGGUACAUGAAGACAGCUUGUAUGCAACUCCACUCGAUGAGGACGAGACAACAGAAAAUGAUCCAAAUCAUCUUUGCCCGCCACAAGACGACCAUCAUGCAGACAUCCAUGAGAACCAAAGUACACAUAUAUAUCAUGGUAAAAAUAUUUAUAAUGAGAUUGAAGAGCAACAAACCCGUCGACCAUCCGGUGACCUGAAAGAUGAGGAUCUUUACGCUGAUAUACCUGAAAUAGAAUAUCAACCGACAAUAUCUCAUACAUCUAUUCCUCCAACCCUACCUCCCAGGCGUGCAUCGGACAACCUAAUUGACGAGGAUUCUAUACCACCGCCUCCGUCCUACCCACCUCCACCGACGCCUGAUAAUCUUCAAAUAAUAUCCAAAGGUGAAGGUCAGUCAGACUUCCAGUCUUUUGCAGCUAAAAUUAAGACACGUGUAAUUAAAGUUGAUGUCCCGAUUGUCCCAAAGGAAUCACAGCAGAAUGUGGGCGAACUUUACGCAACGGUGGACAAGGGGAGUAAGUCUACUUCGAACAAAACCAAACCUCUCUUUAAUGCAAAUGGAGAUCCUAUGCUGACUAAACCCGAGCUUAGCCCGAAUAAGCCUAACAUUCUAGUAACACUUCAAGAUGACCAGACUUUAUCUGCUAGUUCAACAAACAUUGUGAACAAACCCUCAGAUCCAAUGCUUCCAGAUGAGCAAAUCUUACCUGCUAGUUUAACAAACAAACACUCAGUUGCAAUGCCUCUAGAUGAACAGACCAUAUCUGCUAGUUCAUCGAAAAAUGUGAACACACCAUCAGUUCCAAUGCUUCCAGAUUCAAAACCGUGCGUACCUGCUACUUCAACAAACAUUCGGAACAACCUCUCAGUUCCGAUGCCACCAGAUGACCAGACCUCUGCUAGUUCAACAAAAAUUGAGAACAAACCCUCAGCUCCCAUGCCUCCAGACGAUCAUACCUUAUCUGAUAACAUUAUGAACCGUAAAACAUCAGCUCCAAUUCCUUCGAGUAAACCAAUUCGAGACGUAUUCCAAGAAGAUCUUAAAAAUGCUAUUAGAAGGAAACCUUCACUAAUGAGCCCAACAUCUUCACCAAAAAUGUCUCGAAAGCCACCAAUUGUCAAGCCAAAACCAUCACUACAAAAGAAUAAGCUGCCAAAGCCAUGUGACUCAACACCAUCUCAGUCAAUCGGGACAUCACCAGCUCAAGCCAAGGCACAGUCGAUCGAAGAUCCAUCGCCCAAAACCCAACACAAACCUGACGAGCACCUCUAAUAUUCUAGCUUGAGUAGGCUUCCCAGAAUUAAUUCCCAGGGACCCUUCUUAGCAAUCAGCCUAACAAUGGCGACCCACCUUUUCAAGGAAAUGUCUACUCACAGGCCUUCUUACAUUAGUCUUGUAAUUAAAAUAGUGAUAAACAAUGACAGGCUAAUAUUUCGAAAUAUUGCUUGUCCAAUAUAUUUACUAAUUUUGGAACGCAAGGUGUCUUAGUGGUAUGGCAUCAGCAAUUUUGAGUCGAUAUACAGAUUGAGAGAGUCCAUCUACGUACAUCAGCCCCACCAUGGUUGGGGCUAGUAUUGAAAUCUAAUAGGUAUGACCAGAAAUAGCAUGUGCUAUUUGAUGAUAUCCUAGUGGCGUAAACGCUAGAAGAAGCCUCAUUGGCUUAAGCCAGGGAAUAGGGAUAUUCUCUUGUCCAAAAUCGGCCGAGGAACCGUUUUUUAAAAGGAGCAACAAAUGAGUAAAAACAUCAAAAUAUUCCCCAUAAAAUGAAAAAAAAAACAAAAACAAAAACACUCCACAGAAGUCCUAUGUCCCAGCCGGGCUCUACAGGAGCCACCAGGAAGGGGAGUUGGAUCUGAAGGAGCCUUACAAGAGGCCCAGGACUCUUUGUUACGCCAAUGAUCAUAUCACAGGGAUCACACUAAUGCACCAACGGACAUAUUAUACAUAAAUUCAACACCCUUUCUUUGAAUCGACUUAGUAUAAUUUAAAUCAAUUAUGAUUUAAUUGUUUUUUCCAUCCCUACUCAUGUAAAAAUAUGUCCAAAGUCAGUGGUUCUUAACGGGUACUGACUUUGGACAUAUUUUUACAUGAAAUUCCGCUUUCCCUCCAUAAGUGACUACUUAUCAAGUAGAUGCAUCCGUUUGCAUUAUGUUAUUUGUUUUAUGGAUUAUUUGUUAAUGUGUGUGUAAAGUUGUUUACUUUAUGAUUUCAUUUCCAAUAUAAUGUUUGUUUCGAUGGUUAGUAGUACCAACCACACUUAUUAAGUGGAUAAUCAAACUGAUAUAAUCACAAAGGAUAAAGAAACUGGUUAAUAAUUUAUAAAGAAGUGCAUAGUAAAUAGCGUCUACGAUGUUGUUUUUACAUUUACUUUCUGAUGAAGGGCAACACUCAAAUAUAUGUCCUAUAAACUAUAUUAAUGCGCUCAAUGCGUGCCGUAUACUCACAUUAAAUUGGCGUCCCAUAGUCUCUCUUGGUGCUGUAACUACUGUAAUAUAUUAUUCCAAUUACAGACACUUUUCUCUGAAGACUAAUAUUUUAUCUAUAUAUUAUUUUUCUAAUUACUAAAGCUGCUAAAGACCAUGAAAGCCUUCGUCCCUUUGAUCUUUGAUUGGAAAGAGAUGUAUAGGCCUCAUGGGUGGUGCCAGCGCCCCACCCUCCAUCCUGUCGGGGUGGAAAACCACAAUUCGUCGAGGAGAAAACAAAUGUACAUAUUAAUAGGCUCUAAAAUCGAUUAAAUGAGCCUUUGAAACCCCUAAAUUGUCAAUCGGGGGCCACUUUCGAAUCAUUUUAAGCGACGGGGAAAUCUUCGUCCCGCCCCCAUCGUCACACGGGAAAACACCUCCGUCAGACAAGAAUCGUCGGACACGUGACUAAACAAGAAAAAGAAUUCUAUUUUUUGCUUUUUAAAAUAUUUGGGGUAAAAUACGUUCGAAAACGUGUUAGAAAGAUUAAAAUUGUCCAGUUUCUUUAGAGAAGAGGGGUAAGACCAGUCCCCACACCCUGGAUUUUACCACGGCUUUCACUCCUGAACCCCCGCCACGACGGAAACAUCCUGGCGCCGCCACUGCAAACCUGGUAGAAAUCCUCAGAACAAUCUAGCAAACCGUGUCUAUGUUUACAGUAUGCUAACAGGGGUCCUCUAUUUGCCAACAAUUAAACACUCAUUAAUGCCCGACAAGAUUGUAGGAAAUGUCUGAUUUCGUCACUGUCGGAUUUCAUAGUUUAAUUGUUGUUGGGUUUAGCUUUUAAAGGAAAAUUAAAUGGAGUGGAGUUGAAUAGCUUAGCGGAUACAUGGCUGCAGAUCAUGGGAGAAGGACAGGGGGCCACGUUGCCUCGACAUAUUUUUAAGGGGGUUGGACCCUUCACUUUUCGUCGGCAAUGUAAGUUCAUGUCACUUUUCGUCCGCAAUGCAAAGUCACUUAAGAAGAUGCCUGAAAAUUGUUGAAAUGACAGUGGCGGAUCCAGGAAUUCGAAAUACG